AUGGCGGGUACCAACACCCGGUGGCUGGUGACCCUGUGCUUGCUCUCGGCAGCGCAAUGUGUUCCUUCCAGGGUUGCGUCUCAAUCGGAAACAGAUUCCGAAGAUUCGAGAAGAGUUCUUGGUUCAAGUGUGGUAACAUCGGUAUCUGUGAUAAUGGAUCAUGGAAAUGGCACCAAAACAUAUUUUGCUGAUGGACAAAGUAAAAACAUACAUAAACCUACGGAUACGAUAAUCGGUAGUCCUGGUAAUUUACUAUCACCAGACCGCUAUGAGUUUUAUACGUUUGACGAAACGGGAGAUUUAGUUAAACGGCUAAUGACACUGGAUGAAAUACAUGGUUUAAUUGCUGGAGCAGAUCCAGAAUCAGUGAUGGCUGACGCUUCCCCUACAUAUUAUCAUGAUGCACUAUCAAGUCAUUCAUCAGAAGCACUUAUGCACUUACCCGCUUCAGAUCUCGAAUCGCUAGAUGCACCAGCAGUUCACAAAGUUCUAGAAAGUGUACAAAAUGUACUGAAAAAUGAAAUGGCUGCUAACUCAGGCAAACCCAUUCCUUCCAUGUCGAGCACAUCUUUACAUCGCCCAGAUUCAGCGUCCGCGUGGUCAGCCUUAUUCCCAGGACUAAUUGAAACUCCAGAUGACGUAGCUCAUCUUUCCGGAUACUUGCUUCCGUCCAAAACAACUGAGUCAAUGAACAUUCCAUUGACUAAAAAACCAUUGUCAUCUACUAAGGCACCGUUAGUAUCAAUGCAACCUCAAUCGACGACACUUAAAUUGCCACAGUCAUCUAUAAAAACGCAAGUAGCCACUACAACAGAAAAAGUGAGGUCAACACCGAAAUACUCCACUGCCAAACCCGAAGUAACAACAAAAUUCACUCCAACACAAUCAACAACACAUUCAACAACACAGUCACCGACACAGUCAACAACACAGUGGACAACAUUUAAACCAUCAACGACUAAAAAACCAUUUAGGCCAAUACAGUCAUUUGAGAAACAAAAGCCAGCACUACAAAAACCAAUUUUAAUGUUGCAUUCAACUGUUAAACCAUCUAUUAUGGCAGAUAGUCUUGAGAUAAAUAAAGAAAUGUCAGCUUCUAUAUCAGAUAUGCUGUCGCAAGUGACCGACAGUCAAUCGUCCAACCACAAACCUUUACAGACUAAUGAUUUAGUAGAAAAAGAUAGUACAGCAGAUUAUGUACCAGAAGAGAGUUCACCAGAAUUAAGCUACUACAGUCCAAUAGCAAUGUCAUUGAGCACUGGUGGUGCAUUUAAACCAGUUACCGAAGCUUUGACAUCAGCUAGAAAACCUCCAAUUACAAUGACGUAUAAAACUUCAACUACUGAUAAGCCAUUUUCGCAAAAGACCACCCCUACCAUCACAGCAACACGAUUUGCACCGCCCAAGUCUAAUGUGACUAAACCUCGACCAUAUGCUAAUGCUACGACAGCCUCUUAUAUGACAAAGCCAUCAUCAUUUAAUAAAUUCAAUGCGACUACUGUUUCUACUACUAGAAAUAACUACCAUUACCCGCCGAGUAACAUGUCAACUAAAUAUAUGCAAAAAAUUACACAAACCACUCAAGCUUACCCAAAUAAAUUAAUUGACAGUUUUGUAAAAGUUGUUAACAAAACGAUAAAUAAUGCAACACUUAGUGUGAAACAACCAAUAGAUACAUUUUGGAAUUCCACCGAAGAUACGAAGAAUAAAUUCGUCAAAGAGCCUGUUAAAGUUUUCCAGACUAAAGUCACUUCAAAUCGACCAAAUGGAAUAAAUCGAACCAAUGUCACUCUUUCGAAUCGCAUACAAGAAUUAAAAACUACGGCUAUUCCAAAUUUCGGAUAUGGUUCAUCUACAACAACAGUUCGUAGUCAAACAGAACCCGAUAAAUACGUAUCAGUGAAAGUAGAAGAAUGGCCAAUGACCGCUCAACAUCCAACCGCAUAUCCCUCGACUACUCCAUACAUGAGUACCGAAAAAUCGUUCUUUUCUAGCAACAGUCAGCCACUGAACUCUGUUACAGACGCUAACGUCAUAAGAGAUUUAAUAUCAUCUUUUAUGACUAAAUCGUCAACAGCUUCCAGCGUCUCUACUAGUACCGUAUCCCCAACUACUGUUAGCGCUCAACAAACGCUAACUGCCUCCAUGUCGACUUCAACACCAUCGGUGGUAAAUACUAUAACUGGAAUUCCGGUAUCAAUGAUCUCGUCGUCAGUUGGAGAUUUAGUGACAACAACAACGACAACAACAACUACAACAACGCCGACUACAACAACACCAACUACAACAACAUCAACCACAACAGAAACAGCGGCAGUUACGAAAUUGGAAACUACAACGGCAAAAGUAAUGGAAGCAGUAAAAACCGCUGUGGAAGCUGCAGAUACAGAUGUCACUAUAGUGACGACGACUGCGGCUUCAACGAGUGCAGCGAGUGCGACGACGGUCGGUAUGACGGCUGCUCAGAUAACAACAGGUACACCGAUAGCACAGACAGCGACUAGUGCAGCAGUAGGUUCGAUAGCUUCCAGUACGGCGGCUAGGACCACGGCCACUAAUGCAACCGAGGUUACGUUUACAACCCCAGAAUCGGAAACUCAGUACGUUCCGGUCACACAUUUCCUUCCGGAAUUACAAUUGAAAGACAGACCAGAAACCGAAAAUAACAAUAGUGCGCCUGGCGUGGACCUGAUGCUUAAAGACGGUAUAAAUGCCGUGGCUAGCAUGUUGCAAAAUACACAAAAGCCGGCGGUGGCGACGGUUCUUGAAACAGAGUACCAAGAAAUUGGGGGGCGCCCCUACGAGAAAUUGUCUUCGGUUGAGGGAAAACAAUCAUCCACUGAAGAAUCCAGCCGAAAACAAGCGACGGUUAAGUCGGAGUAUGACGAGACCACCACAUUUGCCGUGUCCGAGAAUGCGGCCACUCAGGACUUUUACGACUUCACUACGAAUUCAGCGGAGUUGGUUACAAAGUUCCUGGAGCCGAACGACACGAUCGCUGCAGAAUCGGUGACCACCAACGACACAGAGGAGGUGUUGCGAAAUUCAGAACCUGGCUUGGAAAUGUUGACUGUGUUCAAUGUCAGUUCCACUGGUGGUCCCGGGCAAGUGGCCAAACUGGACGAUUUAUCAUCGGAAACGCAAGUGUUUUUCGACACCACCACGCCAUUUGAAAACCGUGACGCUGUUACCAAUCAGGAGACCGGCAACGAAGAACCAGUAACCACAACGUUCACCCCUUAUAUCGCACCGGUGACGAGGGAGGUAACAAUGUCAACUGCAACCAUGCCGUCCACAUCGACCACCGUGAUACUGCCAUCACUGACGCCAUCAAUGAAAGCUGCGAUAAGAAAAAAAACAACAGCAGUUACAGCAGCAACACCAGCUACAGCAGCAACAGCAGCUACAGCAGCAACAGCAGCUACAGCGGCAACAGCAGCUACAGCAGCAACAGCGGCUACAGCGGCAACAGCGGCUACAGCGGCAACAGCAGCUACAGCAGCAACAGCAGCAACAGCGGCUACAGCAGCAACAGCAGCUACAGCAGCAACAGCAGCUACAGCAGCAACAGCGGCUACAGCAGCAACAGCAGCUACAGCAGCAACAGCAGUCAAAGUGGUAGAAUCUGAAGUCAAAAACUUGAUGACGGAAAUAUCCGAAAUCUCUACGGUGGCCGCGACAAACUACACCACUUUGUCCACACCAGCCACGGUCACUCUGCCACCUGCAGUAAAAUCUCCUGGACCGUCGUCCAACGCUUAUAGACCACAGAUGGCCAACAGCGCGUCUCCGUCCACAGUUGAACUGCAUCCUGCGCCACACGAGAGCAUGGGCAUGGAAGCCAGUGUAGCGUUUUUGGGCGAUGAUGUGCGCCGAUUUGCUGACCUUUGUAACGAGUUGUCAUUCAAGAUGUGGACAGCCGUUACCGGUAAAGGUCAGAUAGCCUCCAGAAGUCUGGUGCUGUCUCCGUUCGAGCUGACUGCUAUGCUGGCCAUGGUAUUCCUAGGUGCCCGUGGUUCUACUUCCGGUCAAAUGAACGACGUGCUCAGGCUUGAUGACAUGGUCACAUUCAAUCCUCACCAAGUGCUCAGGAACAUAACGCACUCAAUAACCAACAUCAACAAUCCAGGUGUGGCCACAGCGUCUUUCGUCCGGGAAAUCUACAGCCAUAAGGGAAAUGGAAAAAUACUAGAAUUCUAUAAAGAGCGAGUACAGCAGUAUUACGAUGGACACGUAGAAGAAGUAGACUUCAAUACGAUAGGAGACGUUUUAAGGAGACGAACGAAUUUAUUAGUCAAAAGACAAACUUUGGGUCGUGUUGUGGAAUAUCUUCGUGGUUCUGGGUUGAGUUUGACACCACCAUUUGCCGCAUUCAGUGCUAACGUAUUCCAGACGAGCUGCGAGAGCGCGUCCACCGAGGGCAGGGACGGCGAAAUGUACUUCGUGGUGAGGCCGUCCACUAGACAACGGCGCCUGGUGCCAGUGCCCGCGGCCGUGUGGCGCGGCGGAUUCCUGGCCGGCUACGAACCAGGGCUGGACGCAACGGCCGUGUGCCUGGGCCCGGACUCGGCGGUGUCGACCAUACUGGUGCUGCCGGGCCAACAGGGGCAGGUGGCCCCGGGCGACGGCCUGGCCCGGUUGGAGCAGCGGCUGAUCGAGACGUCGUACCGGCGGGGCGGUUGGUCUCGGGUGCUCCGGAGCCUGUUGCCCCGACCGGGGCUCGAGCUGCAAGUGCCCAGGUUCUCGCACCGAUCCGUGCUGAACGCCACGGCCGCCCUGCAGAAGAUGGGCCUGCGGGACGUGUUCAGCGACCAGAAGGCCGACCUGCGCGGCGUCAACGGGCUGUACGACCUGUACCUGUCCGACAUGCUGCAGGUGAACACGUUCAGCACGUGCGGCGAGGACACCAUCGGCGCCCGACACCACGUGGAGACGUACCCGGCGUCGCCUCAGCGGAUGGGCCGUGCCGGCCGAGACGGUGGCCACGAGAGCGGCCCGAGUGGCCACGACGACGACGGCCACGGGAGCGACGACGAGAGCGGCCACGACGGUGGUCGCCGGAGGCGCAACGCCGAAGACCUGCCGCUGCACAGCCCGUACUCGCAUUUGCCGCUCAACCUGCGGCCCAGACAGGCGAGGCUCCCGGACGUGCCGAGGCUCAGGUUCGACAGGCCGUUCCUCUACCUGGUCAGGCACAACCCCACAGGUAUGAUCAUCUACCUGGGUAGGUUUAACCCGAGGCUGUUGCCGUGA